UCAAAUGUGUUGAGAGGAAAUAAUGUUCAAUUGUGUGUAGGAAACAAUAAAAUUAGUGUGUUUUCUUAUUAGUUUUAAUAUAAUUUUAGGUUUCUUUUUUUAUAAUUUUUCAAAAUUCCGUAAAUUAUAAAUUUGAAUUGAUAUAACCAAUAAAACAUAGUGUGGUGUUAAAGAUAUGUAUAAUAAAUCAGCGAAAACUGAUGUGUUUUAGUAUUAUUUCGUUUGUUACAUUAUUACCAAUUGUUGGGAAUCUAAGAUAUGCCAUUUUCGAAAAUUCUUCAAAGGAGAGUAAGUGGUCCAGGUGCUUACGGUAACUAUUGGAGAAACAGCGAAGAAAACUCAGACAUUCAACAAUUGGAUUACAAACAAUUUCGCCAGUCUAUGGUUAACCUCGAUAGUGGCAAUAGCUUAUUGCUUGAUAAAAAUUUAUUGCACAUAUCGAACAACAGUUGUGAAGUUGAUUCUAGCCUUCAUCAUCCAUCAGCAACAUGCAGCGUUUUAUCGUAUCGAAAUGCAAAACAAAAUUUAUCUGAGAGUUGUGUGGUAAAUGCAGCUAGCUGCAACGCGUGUAAUUCGCUCAAAGUAACUAGCAGUUGUAAUAUUAACUGGUCAUCGUUGGAUGCAUCGAAAAAUGUGAAUUGUGAUAAAAUAUCAAACGUUAAUACGACCAGUAACAUUUACGGCAGUCAAUUACCAAUACAGCAGAAUGUCGAUCUAAAUAAUACAACGACUGCGACGAGCAAUUCAAAUUCGCGAUUAAGUUCGAAAAUUACCGAUAAUAGUUUUAGUUUAUACAAUAACAAUAGCCAGUUCUCUGAAUGUAAUCACAUAAAACAUAACAAAUUCAAUGGCAGCAAGAAUCAUAUGGUGCAAAAGAAUAGUUUUUUCAAAAAUUUUGCUCGCAGCUCAUCGUUUCUGAGUGGUUGCAAAAUCAAAGCCAAUUCAAAGCGGCAACUUCGUAAUAUAUCCUUGAAAUUGAAAAAACCAGAAAAAACGAACUCUGUACAACUAUCGUGUCAGAAUUUGAAUUGUCACCAGUACAACAAUGGCAACGGCAAUAGUAAUAGCAAUAGCAAUAGCAACAGUAUCGGAUCGCAAGUGAUUCAAAAUAAUUGCUCGGGGGCUAAUCACAAUUUGAAGAAAGUAACGUCGCUCAAAUUAAACGAUUCGAUAAAAAAUGUUUAUCGCAAUCCAGUCAAUAGUGAUUUGAAAAAUAAAUUUAACGCUAAAAGCAAUGGAUGUAACAACUGUCACACAGGUCAAUUAGUAUUAAAUGAUUUUAAUAAGCAAACGUACGUGAGUGGAACAAAAAAUGGAAUUAAUCGAAAUAAGCAAUUUGAUAGACAACUUAGUGUGCCAAUUGAAAACUCGAAUUUUAACAAUUUGGGUAUAAGUAAUCAAUGUUACUCGUACAGCAAUAGCCUAACGCGAGCACAGAAAAAAGGAUAUAGGACGAACGGAAGACUAUUGGGAACGGUCAGCACAGACUCCGUUAGAUGUUCACAUUAUAUUUCGAAUAAUGAAAGUGAUUUACGAAUUUCAUCCAUUGAUAAUACCUGCACUGAUUCAUUGGUGACAGCAUUAGACGACGAAGCCUUGUUAAUAUGCGACGCUGCCAGCGAAAUGGCAAGAACCAAGGUCCACUUCGAUGAUGUUUCUUUGUAUGGUACCCCAAAAGAGGAAGAACCAUUACCAAACAUAUCCACAAUAACCGAAAAAAUGUCAUCAAAUUUUCUGAAAAACCAGUUACAAUCAUGGUUCCAGCCGACGGACAAUCGUCUGGCUAUGAAAUUGUUUGGAAGCAAAAAAGCUUUGGUGAAGGAACGCAUAAGACAAAAAACAGCUGGACAUUGGGUCAUACAUCCAUGCAGUUCGUUUCGAUUCUAUUGGGACUUAUGUAUGUUAUUGCUGUUGGUUGCAAAUUUGAUUAUACUUCCAGUGGCAAUAUCGUUUUUCAAUGAUGACUUAAGCACACGAUGGAUUGCUUUUAAUUGUAUGAGCGACACAAUUUUUUUAAUCGACAUUGUCGUCAACUUUAGAACAGGCAUAAUGCAACAAGACAACGCGGAACAAGUUAUUUUAGAUCCUAAAUUGAUUGCACAAAAUUACUUAAAAACUUGGUUUUUUCUCGAUUUAAUUUCGUCGAUUCCACUAGACUAUAUAUUUUUGAUAUUUAACAAUAAGGUGGAUGAUUUCUCAGAUUCGUUUCAAAUACUUCAUGCUGGACGUGCACUUCGAAUUUUACGUUUAGCCAAACUUUUAUCACUAGUUAGAUUGCUGAGAUUAUCAAGACUGGUGCGGUACGUGUCGCAAUGGGAAGAAGUAUACAUUCUGCAAAAUCUUCAGAAAAAAAGUGCUGACCGCAGAGGACGAAGACAUACAAAAGAUAAAGAUGGACAUUGCAAAAACAACCUUAUCUUUAAGCGGCAUUGGAUGCGGCAGAAUCACAUCUUUGCAUUUUGGAUAAAUUGCUGUCUAUUCCCGUGCACACUUAUUAAAAAGACUAUCACGUUUUUUCUUAAUAUGGCUUCAGUGUUUAUGCGAAUAUUCAAUUUAAUUUGUAUGAUGUUGUUGAUCGGGCAUUGGAGUGGUUGUCUACAAUUUCUCGUUCCUAUGUUGCAAGGCUUCCCAUCAAAUUCAUGGGUGGCAAUAAAUGAAUUACAGGAAACGUACUGGUUGGAACAAUAUUCAUGGGCACUGUUUAAAGCUAUGUCUCAUAUGCUGUGCAUUGGUUAUGGAAGAUUCCCACCCCAGUCACUAACCGAUAUGUGGUUGACGAUGUUAUCGAUGAUCAGUGGUGCGACAUGUUAUGCGCUAUUCUUGGGGCAUGCUACCAAUCUGAUUCAAAGUUUAGAUUCGAGUAGACGACAGUAUCGAGAAAAGGUAAAACAAGUGGAAGAGUAUAUGGCAUACAGGAAAUUACCAAGAGACAUGCGUCAGAGAAUUACUGAAUAUUUUGAGCACCGAUAUCAGGGUAAAUUCUUUGACGAGGACUGUAUCUUGGGUGAACUAAGUGAGAAGCUGAGAGAAGACGUAAUAAACUAUAAUUGCAGAUCACUUGUAGCUUCAGUGCCUUUUUUUGCCAAUGCUGACUCAAAUUUUGUUUCAGAUGUUGUAACUAAAUUAAAAUAUGAAGUAUUUCAGCCAGGUGACAUCAUAAUAAAAGAAGGAACAAUCGGCACCAAAAUGUAUUUCAUACAGGAAGGAGUAGUCGAUAUAGUCAUGGCUAACGGAGAGGUUGCCACCUCUCUAUCUGAUGGAUCCUAUUUCGGUGAAAUUUGUCUGUUAACAAAUGCACGUCGUGUGGCCAGCGUUCGAGCUGAAACAUAUUGCAAUCUCUUUUCGCUGAGUGUUGAUCAUUUUAAUUGUGUUUUAGAUCAAUAUCCAUUAAUGCGAAAGACAAUGGAAACUGUUGCAGCCGAACGACUGAAUAAAAUUGGAAAAAAUCCGAACAUAAUGUCACAGAAAGAUGAGCACAUAAGUGAACCUGAGUCAAACACAAUUAAUUCCGUCGUUAACGCCUUAGCAAUUGAGGCAUCCAAGGAACCAAUAGAAGAAAGUGAUAGCUGUGAUAUAAAGACUACUCAAAGCAACCACAAUGAGCCUAAAGGUCAUAUACAUCGGAUUCUUCCUAGACCAAAAAGUGGAGAGUUUCGAGCACUAUUUGAAGGUGGUACACCAUAAACAAAACAUUAAACAUAAAGCAGAAGAAGAUGAAGAAAAAAAUAACAAAACAAAAGUAACAAAGAAAUGGAAUUAAUAACAAAAUAUUAUUGAAUAAGUCAAUUAUAUUUUCUCAUUAGCUGUUGUUUUGAUUCACAAUAAAGGAAAUAGAAAAUUUUAAGAAAAAAAAA